GAGAAAGAGAUCUGAGGUCAUUCUUGGGGCUCACUCGCGCAAUAAGGAGCCGGAACAACAGAUAUUCACUGUUAAGAAAGCAUUUCCCUAUCCAUGCUAUGACCAAGAUACACAUGAGGGGGAUCUACAACUUGUACGGCUAGAGAAAAAAGCAACAAUUAACAGAAAUGUGGCUAUCCUUCCCCUACCUAAAAAGGGGGAUGAUGUGAAACCCGGAACCAGAUGCCAAGUAGCAGGGUGGGGGAGAUUUGACAGUGAGUCACCUCCCUCUGAUACUCUGAGAGAAGUCAACAUCACUGUCAUAGACAGAAAAGUCUGCAAUGAUGAAAAACACUAUAAUUUGCAUCCUGUAAUUGGUCUAAACAUGAUUUGUGCAGGGGACCUCCAUAAUAGUAAGGGCUCAUGCAAG